AUGAUCUUUCCAGCCCUUCUACUGUGUUUGGCAGCCUCAACCUUUGCCCAAGAUACUUGCAAUGGCUUCACCCAGCUCUGCUCCCGCAAGUACAGCGACAUUACCUUUGCCGCCUCUCACAACGCCGCCUUUGUGGGCUUUUCUCCCGCGCACAAUCAGUUCGAAUACCCCGAGCAAGGCAUGGACAUGGGCAUUCGCUACUUCACGACGCAGGUCCACAUCGAAGACGGCGAGAUCCGGCAAUGUCACACGGACUGCGCGCUGCUUGACGUUGGGCCCUUCUCGGAGAUUGUGGUGUCCAUCAAGAAAUGGCUGGACAGUCACCCGCAGGAGGUGGUGACGCUGCUGAUCGGGAACGGGGACGACAAUAUCUUAAUUGAAGAGUUUCAGCCCGCUUUCGAGGCUGCGGGCGCCAGAGACAUGGUGUUUGAGCCAGGCAGCGACCUUGGGCCCAGGAACUGGCCUACGUUGGGGGAGCUGAUCGAUACCGGGCACCGCUUCAUUGUGUUCAUGGACUACAACGCCAACCUUGCCAAGGUGCCGUACAUUAUUCCCCAAUACAACCACUACGUCGAGACCCCAUUCAGCCCGACCAAAGACAACUUUUUCAACUGUGACGUCGACCGCCCCAGUGCCGACACACCCGUCGACGAGCGCAUGAUUUUCGCGAAUCAUAAUCUGAAUAUUGACAUUGCGGGCAUUAAGGUUCCAGCGCCACUUCACGCAGCCGAUACCAACUCUGUGGGGAACAUCCGCCAGCAGACGGAGAGUUGCGUCGCGGAUCAUGGCAGGAACCCAAAUGUGGUCAUGCUCGAUUUUGUGACGGAGGGAAAUGUCGUCCAGGCACAGCGUGAGCUCAACGGGCUCUAG